AUGACGUUUGAGAGACAUGAAACAGAGUUGAGAGGGCAUAACAAAGCAGGUGCCACGUGGUCACCUUUCUUGUUGAGGGUUUACGUGUUUCUCAACGAGCUCCUCAAAAUCGGGCAAUUCGUUUCAGGUUCUUUUCUGUGCUCUUUCCUCGCAUAUUUGGGCUUCAUUAAUAAGGUGUUCCUCCAUCUGGCAACAGGGUCUUGCGGAUCAAUGGAGGACCGCCGGGCUUGUUCAGUGGCGGAAGGGAAAGGGAAAAGGUUGUGGAAGAAGGUGAAGUACCAGCUUGUUGAGUAUCAUUCCUUGCCUGGUUAUUUGAGAGACAAUGAGUACAUUGUGGGUCACUAUCGAUCUGAGUGGCCCAUGAAGCAAGUCUUACUCAGCAUAUUCUCCAUCCAUAACGAAACUCUAAAUGUUUGGACACAUUUGAUCGGGUUCUUCCUAUUUCUAUCAUUGACGAUCUGCACCGCAAUGAAAGUACCAAAAGUCGUAGAUCUUCAUUCUCUACAGCACUUUCCUGAGAUGCUCAAGAAGGCCGACAUGAGCAAAUUGCAAGCAGAACUCUUGACAUGCCUCCCUUCCAUGCCUGAUCUGCACAGACUCAGGGAAGAUUUCAAAACUACAUUGCCCACACUGGACAUGCUUCCAUCAAUCUCAAGCUGGCAUGUAAAGGAAAUUCUUUACAAUUGUUUGCCAGAGCGAUUUUCCAGUAGCAACUACACUGAUGUUUGUGUUCUGUAUAGCGUAAAAGAGGACUUGGCCAACAUAAUAGCUCCAUUGAUGCUGAAACCUAUUACGAGGCUGCCAUUUUUUGCAUUCUUAGGAGGAGCCAUGUUUUGCUUGCUAGUAAGCAGUGUGUGCCAUCUCGUCUCUUGCCACUCGGAGCGGCUUUCAUACAUCAUGCUCAGGCUUGAUUACGCUGGCAUUGCAUCCCUAAUAUGUACUUCCUUCUUCCCCCCCGUGUAUUACUCUUUUAUGUGCUAUCCCUUCUUCUGCAACUUGUACUUGGGUUUUAUAACUCUGUUAGGCAUUGCCGCGACCCUUGUUUCUCUGCUCCCCUUCUUUCAAAAGCCCAAAUUCCGAGCCUUCCGAGCUUCCCUUUUCUGUGGCAUGGGUCUGUGUGGCCUAGGACCGAUUCUGCAUAAGCUUUAUCUGUUCUGGGGCGAGCCUGAGGUGUUCCACACAACUGGGUAUGAGAUUCUGAUGGGUCUUUUCUAUGGAGCCGGGGCUCUUGUUUAUGCCGCUAGGAUCCCUGAAAGAUGGAUGCCUGGCAAAUUCGACAUUGCCGGCCACAGCCACCAACUCUUCCAUGUAUUGGUCGUAGCAGGGGCAUACAGUCACUAUCGUGCCGGAUUAGUAUAUCUCAGGUGGCGUGACCUGCGAGGCUGUUGA